AUGGUGCAACUACCUUCAACCAACGGUUUGAGGGACCGCCAUCUGGCACUUCGUGGUCACAACCCCCUCAGACAAAAUGGAAUUGAAAAUUUGAAAAGGUAAUUAACCCAUUUCUGCUCGAGGAAGCGAGUUGAACGAGUUCUUUUACUUGCAAGUGUACCCAUUUGACCCAAUUUCAGAUCACCCAAUGCAAUCAAAAAUUCAGUUCAAUCUUUCAUCGAGGAACGACGAAAGUGCUGUAUUGUUGAUUACUCUUCAAAAUACAAAAAGUAAGUAUUUAUUGACGCGUUCUGCUUUCCAAAAAUCGGAGUCUUGCAGAACUAGGGCUUCCUUGUCACCGUCGUCGAGUCGUAGCUCCUCGCCGGAAAGCGAGUGUAUUUCGGAAAAAUCAAAUGAGAGCGAUUGUGAAGAAGAUGUCACUGUGACCUGUUUCAGUCGGAAGCCGGAAGAGAAGAAGACCGUGGCACCACGCUCACCGGAACGUCCAUCAGUGCAGAGGCUUCCCCGAGAUUUCUGGUAAGAACUAGAGAGACAAUGCGAAGACGCGAGACGGAGAGAAGGACGAACAGGGCGAGAUUGUUGACCCUAGUCGAGGCGGCGGCGACCCCGCGCGGGUCGCGCACACCAGACUUUUUUGCCCUGUCUUUUUCUCUCGGCCAAUUUUUCUGCGAUUCACGAAGAUUUUCGCCCGCCGCCGUUUCUUCGCUCUCUCUCUCCCACAUACAGUCCAUCAAAAAAAAAAACGGAGCGGACGGAAGCGUCUGCCGGCCACACAAUUGGCACUCUGCCAAAGGCCAUUUUCUGUCUUUCUACAAUACCAAUAAUCUCUUCAUUACAGGCCUGAAGUGUCGUGGUUCCUGAAAACGCCAACGUGUGUGUCGUUUUCGAAGUGUGCUCGGAGAGGCGCACCGAAGAGGAAGUCGUCAACACGGUUGCGGAGCAUUCCAAAAAGUUCGGCCGGUCUGUAUACAUCGUGUCAGAACCGACGGAAGAUACUGACUGGAUAACAACACGCAUCUAUUUUGCCAAGUAAAUUGCUUUAUCUUGUGAUUAUCAUUCAUCUAAUUUGUUUUUAGAAUUGACGAACCAAAACUACAAGUAGAAAGACACGUUUUCUACGGUAUUCAUUCCGCUUUCCGAGUUUAUCACCGAAAGUAAAACGUCCUUUUGCUUUCCAAAAAAUAAUAUUUCUCCGUUUGUAGCGCAAACAGAUCAGAAAGCCACCCGAAAUGCUUUCCGUCCACCUCACACCAGAUUAAGCCAGAACACGUGGUUCAUGCGUCCUGCUCGUUUGAAAGUAUGGCGCCGGAUCACUUUUAUCAUUGUUUUUAUCGGAAAGGAAGAUUCGUAAACUUGGAAAUAGUGAUAGAUGAUUGGAAAGAAGUAUUCGCUGUUCUGACCGAGCUCAACGAAGUCUCCGAUCAUACUAUGAGCCUUGAAGUCGACUGGGCAACGCGUGUUGCAACCAUCGGGCUGCAAAGCAUCGAGGAGGCGCGGAAAGUGAACAGAACGAUAAACCGAAUGCAAUGGUGAGCGGCGCAAAAACAAUAAAAAAUAUGUGUUUGACCCUAUCGGACAAGUUAAGCCAGUGAUACAUUCGUGUUCUACGACGGAUACCCGUCGUCUUCUUUUUUUACUAAGGCGGUCUCCCAAGAAACGCGCGUGCGAUAGGCUCUUUCUCUCACUCUCACACUCUCUAACACAUGUACACAUCCUCGCUCUUCUUUUUUUGCCGGAGAAGGGAGCGGAGAGAAGACGUGUGCGUUGUAAGCGAGCAAAAAGGAAGCACUGCCUUCACUAUGAUGAUGAUCAUGCACAUGCCGAAAUGGUGGUACGUGGCUUUUUCUUUUUUGAUAGUCGGAGAACGUUUUUCUCUAGCGUUGACGUCGUCAUAGUGUUUCUAAAGCGUUGAAAAAGUAACGAAAACGAAAGCCGAAAGCAUAACGAGACGUCGAUUUAUGCUCUAGUGCUCUCGAAAUUAUAGCCGUAUGCGUGCAUAUCGAUCGACGGCGUUGUUUGCAAUUAGUGUAGGCUCGGCGAGAAGCGGUAUGAAGAUACUUCGAGCCAGAAACCGAGCUGCGCUUCGUGGCGCGACGACGCUCAUUUCUGACCGCCGCCUUUUGUCUGCGCCUCUCACGUCUCUCGCCUCGCAUACAAUUGUUGGUUUGGCGGGGUGGGGGCGGGGCCAGUUGGCCUGAAGGGGACACCCAUUCGGUCGCUGCGCCUGGGCGCAAAAGGGAAAGGAAAGGCAAGCGUUCUUUCCACCCUACCCAUUUCCACCACCCACCUAUUAUUCGACAUGGGAAAAAUUAAAGCUUGCUCCACUCCAUGUUCCCAUUUCGUCUGCGAAGUGCUCAAGAGGUAAUUCACGUCAUCGGCAUUUCUCUUUUUCCGAUAAUCUCGUCGUGUCGUGAGCUCGAGCCCGUUUCCCUUCCCCAUAAUCGCAUUUUUAAAGAGCUCUAGCCUUGUCGACUCUGGCUACAAUUGCACGAUAGAGUUAUGAACAUACCAAAUAAUUUAAUUCAAUUUUUCUCAAUAUUCAAAUCAUUCGCUUCAGGUCAUCGGGAGAACCACGGGUAUCAGCUGCGCAGAGUCCUCGUCAAUACCACCACGAAAACGUUUGGCGCCGCCAACCACCAAGGAACGAGCGCCAUCACAGAGCAGCGGUCACCGCGCCAACACAAGCGAAACGCGUAGCGCCUCCGUCCACGUCCAGAGAAGAAACGGCAGGGAUGCGUCAUCGGCAGCAGCAGUCGUAUCGAAAUGGCAGGACGAUGUCGUCUUGGUCACGAGAGCAACGACCAGAGAGACGGUCGUUCGAACAGCGAUCGAAUGGCACAGGAGAAAAGUGAGUGGAGAGCGAAAACAAAAAGAAAAAGGGGAGGCUAAAUUCGAUUAGAUUGGCUGGAAUAUAUUUUCAUAACGACUGUCUGUGACCUUGCGUCGAGAAAAGAAAUUUUUGUUUAGCAUAGACACACAAUAUACAUUUGUAUUUUGAAAACUACCGUAAUACUGUUCUUUCAGGGCUUGUUGUAGUUCGAAUGGCGUUCCCUCGACUUCCGGCAUCGUUGACAGGGACGACGAAAGCGAGCACGCAGAUGACGAUGGUCCCGACGAUGUCUAUUCAAAUACUGAUGAUGAAUUGUCGGACGCAGAAAUACAUGACGAAACAUCACAAUUCAACGGUUUGGACGGAAGGAUAGACGGUGAAGAAAUUGGUGAUGAUGACGAGGAAGAAGAAGAAGAUAUCAGUGUGCAAAAGCUUAAUGAGGCGAUGAAAGAGCUCCUCGGAACCCCCGAUCUUCGCUAUCUCGAUUUCGCUGAUUCGAAUUUGUCCUACCACGACAAUUUCAACGUUUUGGCCGCGGAAGCUUCUGUUGUCAACAUCAGAGAUGACGAACUCGCGGGAGACGACGGCUCGGACGGCAGCGAACAUUACGAUGCGGACGAGGAUGGAAACAGUGGAAAUGAUGAAUACCACGAUGAUGGAGACGAGCAUAACGAUGACAUCGAAGGCGAAGGUGGCGGCGGAGAGGGAAGAGGAGGCGGCGAGGGAGGAGGAGAAGGCGAUGGCGACGGAGACGAGAACGGCGAGAGGAACCGCGAUAACGCCGGAGACGGAGAGGAUGAGCACAGUUCGUCAGAAAUCGACGCUGAUGAGGAUGCAGCGGAUCGCACAGACCGUGAGUUAUUUGAUAAGAAAUGAGAAACAUCCCGAGCAUACGUUGUUUUCAGUGAAAGACGAGGAAGAGGAAGAAGGCGUUAGGCCAUCCACGUCAUUCGUGGUACGCUCGGAAAACGAUAAACCGGAUAGUGCGCGACAAAGUGAAAUAUUGAAAGAGCAAGAACGAAGACGGUUUGUGCAUUAGCUGAGAAACCAUAAAUUUUGAGGUUUUGCAGGAAUCUGCGGAGGGAGACUUUCAAAAUAAGGGUGGCAGCCCCCGUAGCUCCUCCGUAUCCUGCCUACGUCAAGGAAGUUUUACCAAUGCUUCCAACUGCAAUGACCCGAAUGAUGGAUAAAAUGCACUGGAAGUUUUUUAAUAUGUCCAAUAUUCCCAGGCAGCUGGAUGAGCUCAUCAUUCGGAAUAUCAAUGCUCGUGCGGAUUUCGAAAAAGCGAUGGGCCGUCCGUUACCUCGAUUUUCAAAUGAAGACGAACUGAAACAACGCAAUUGGUUCACGUACGAAAUCAGAGAGAUUCUGUUCGAGUAUCCAUGUCAUGAUUUGGAAAUCAAGCAGCGAGAGUGGAAAAGAUUGUGUGACGUCGGUGAAGUCAUCGAAGAUUUUCGAACAGUGGAUGCCCGAGAAGUUUUGAAGGUGCCCGACGAUUCUGAGAGACGUCUAAGCUUCGAUGAGCCGCGGGGCACACGGGUUGGUGACGAAGUGCCGUUUCCUUUCGAGCCUGUCAUUUUUCAGCUGUCUUUCGACUCCGCCAACUUCUCGUCCCCCGAAUUGGUUCAGCGGUCACAUUCCUUCGGUUUCGUCGCAACCACUCCCGGUUUACAUCAAAAAUCGCCGCUGUACGUGGAUCUUGCGGACGAUGACGUAGACGAUGAGUCCUAUGAAAUACCAUUGGAAAGUCCGGCAGCAGUGAUAACUCCGCGUAGCUCUCAUUCUCUACUGAUGCCGUCACCUGUGGUAAGUCGGAUAGCGCCGAAUGGAGACGAGAGAGUGCGCAUGUACUCUGAACGACCCCGCAAGAGAGAUAACAGCGUUUAUUGAGUAUCGGUAGUGUCAACACAAAAUUUACUUUUCAGUCUCGCCACGGUUCGAUGUCAUCAACUGGAAAACCGGCAAGUAUCCAAGGACUGCGUCCACAAAAUGUGAUAUUUCCGCCCGACGUCUCGGUCCCACCACCACCGAUCUUACCCAGUCACGAUGAGAUGAUGUCCCCACCGAAAGACGGUUCAACGUCCAGACGGAGCUCCGAGACGAUAAUGCCAUUGCGGAGUCCUCCUUUCACGAAACAACCGCAGACGCCGCUCGCUAAUGCUCAUUCUCAAAACCCUCACUUUGGAACUCCGACUGGCACACCCUCCGUCUCUUCAUCAACGGCGUCCACGCCUCGUCAUUCCUUCUCUGGCACGCCAGGUCACUCUGAACCGACGCUCACGCCGACGUUGCAACAACCGCACACUCCUAAAACGCCGGUUAGUUCAUCUCGUCCACCCGAGAAAAUCCAAGUGAGGCAUGAUUCGAUCUCGAAACCGGGACCUUCCGCGGCUGCCAGUGCUCUCCAAGCAAGAUCUCAAUCGAUAUCUGUUCUCGAAUCUAAGAAGAGCCUGCCACCGACUCCAGUUGUUCGCGAUGCUGGAAGCGAUUUGAUUGAUCAAAUCAUGUCGAACCAGCCGAGUAUGGGAUUGAAGAAGCUUCCUCGAAUAGAGAAGAAGCCGUCUGCUCUCAUAAACAAUGCGCUAAGAGAACAGCAACCGGGCACUUUCACGACAUCCUCGGCUCUUCCGUCGUCAUCCUCUUCUUCUUCCCAUCCUGCAAUGAUGUUAAAAGACAAAGAACGGGAGAAGGAGAAAUCGAUUAUGGAAAAGAAACGAAAAGAACGAGAAUUAGAAAAGGAAAGGGAAGCGCGAAAGGAAAUGAAGAGGAAGGAGACGAAGGAAGAACGGCAGAAGCGGAAAGAGAUGGAGAAGACAAAACGAGAGGAAGAGGAACGACGAGAACGAAAACGGGCGAAACAAUUAAUGCGCGAGAAAGAGAAGGGAAAGGAAAAGGAGAGAGAAAAAGAGCGACGAAAGGCUGAAAAAGGGAAACCGAAGAAGAAGAGACGGCAUAGAGACGAAGACAGUGAGGAAACCGAAUCAACUGACAGUGAUGACAUCGAUCUGGACACCCGAAAGACGACCAAAGAAAUGACCCAAGAGGAGAAAGAUCACCAAUUGGCACUCAUUCUCUCCAAAGGAAGCAUAAUUGAAAAUCUGAAGUCGCGGCGAAGGACCGAGAAGCGAAGCACGGAGUCUUUCGAAAAGCUGCGACAGAAGAGUCAAGUGACUUUACCAGUAAGUAAAGGGAGGGGAGGGGAACACUCAAAUGCUAUUUUCGGUGCAGACUUUACAGAGACGGGUCCUCAUCGAGUCAUCCGACGAUGAUAAUGGAGCUGGCGGUGGAGACGACGACGAGGACGAAGAAGAGGAGGAGGAAGAAAAGGAGAAGUCUGGUUCCACGAGUGACGAAGCCACCGAAACUGAGCAAACUUUCUUGCGUCCGCCUACAAUGCAAUCUCCCGUCGUCGUGAAGGAAAAGGUGAAAGUACACAAAGAGCGGGAAAAGGGCGAACUGACAUCUUCAUCCGAAGAUGAAGAGGAGAAGAAGCGGGAGAAAGAGCUUGAAAGGCAACGGAGGAAACAAGUGGUUCGGGAGAAUCGGAAAAGACAAAAGAGCGGAACUAGCUACUCUUCGGACGAUCACACGGGCAGUAAGAACGCCGUGAAGCGAAAGAGAAGAGAAGACAGUGAAGAGGUGAGUGAAAUAGAUAAGAGUGAAAUGUGAGCAAUGCGGUUAUUUGCAGAGGAGGAGAAAGAAAGCAUGGGAAGCGAAAGAGGCAGAAAAACUGAGAAAGCGAAAGCUGGAACACCGCCGAAGCUCGGAGGACGAACUGAGACGAAAAGCGAAGCGUGAUUUCCGCGAUGUGCAAUUGGAAGACGUGUCGGAUGAGGAAGAGGUCGAAGAGCCUCCGAAGGUCCGCAGACCGUCCACAAGCAGUACAGCCAGUACGGGAAUGACUGGUCAUGAGAAGAGAGGGACGAUUGAGAAAACGCCGUUGCGAGUGGUGACUCCUACAGUUACUCCUCUUCAAUCUCCGAAAAUUCUCUCUCCAAAAACUGCAACCUCUUUCGCGAAACGUCCAUCUAUCAAUAGCGAUCACGAGUCGUUGCUAUCACCAAAAGCGAGGAAUCGGACGACUUCAUCCACGUCGACGGCUACGACGGCGUCAAGACACGAAGCAUUACAUCAGGAGAAGCCACCUCUCUCGCCUGCAGUCACCGCCAAGAGCAGUGUUUCGUCAAUCGACGAUCUUGGCCUUCGAGAGGAUUUGAGUGCCACAUCAGCAGCCGCCAGCCCGAUGAGCGCUACAGGUCGUCCGAUGGUACUCACGAAGGCAGCGAUGAAAUCGUUCCAGCCGUCACCACAAAAGAAAGUAAGUUCCGUAGAAACUGUUGUAAUGCCUUCUUGCUCGGUAUGAUGAUGUCUGUAUGAGCUGUUGAUGUUGUAUGGUCUGUUACGCUUUAUGUUCUUUUAGCGGAGCAAGUCAACGAAUUCGCAUGAUUCGUCGUCCUCGUCGUCUGCAACCACUUCGUCAUCUUCAACCUCUUCCGAUGACAGUUCCGAUGAAGAAACGUUACAACCACCUGAGCCUGCACUAUCCUCCAUUCCGGCGGAUGCUGGUGUUGGUGACGCUGCUGAUGAUGCGGAAUCUGUCCAAAGCAUCGAGGAAGAUAAUCAGCCUUCUCCGUUGUUCAUUCCACCACCGCCACUGCCUCAACCUCCCGUUCUGGCAGCUCAAGAUGCUUCGCCGGGACUAGUUCUAUCAGAGCAAUCGUCUCCGUCGCCAGACAUUUUAGAGAUAGAUGCGUCGCCUUCACCUGUAGCCAUUGAGCGACAAGCCCGUCGAUCACCUGAAGUGCAGCCAGAAACCCCUGAAAGGGAACAGUACAUUUCCGAUCAUGAGGUUACAAUUGUUGAGAAAGAGGACAAAGCGGGACCUGCGACUGCUGAAUCGGAGGAAGCUUCACGAAGAGAGGAACAGACUUUGGUAGAACCUGUGAUUGACUCGCAUGCUCCCGCAGUGAUUGUUGAAGAAAAGCAGUGUGAUCCUAGACCACCGGCUCCGGAGGCUGUCCCGAUUCCAGAGAGAGCCUCGCAGCCGACGCACUCUUUGAUUUCUGAUCAGGUAUGUAGUUCGCAUGAGGCGUUGGCACACAACGCUGCUUAAAUGUGUUCCUUUCACUGAAUUUCAUUGUAGUUGUCACUUGUGUCUUUAGUCUCCAUGGGCGCAAAUAGCUGGUUAUUAAUUUCUGAAUUACAGGAAACCGAUCAAGCAGUUCAGUCGAUUUUUCGACGAAGAAGAAGCAGACGACUUCCCUCAGUAUCCCGAUUUUGGUAUGCCCAAAGAGCAAAAAGACACUGCCGAAAAGGAACAUGCCCACGAGUUCAAUGGAGUGCCGUCACCUGGGCCACGCGUGGAAGAGAAACCAACACACUCGGCUGCAACGUCUUCAUCGAACGAUCGACAACAUAUUGUCGGUUCUCUGUCACCGAGCAAUCCGAGAACCGAUUCGCCGCAGUCUGUGAUAGUCGAUGACGACAUCAUUUGUGUUCCCCAAUCACAUCCGAGUUCAACGACGACGUCCAAUGAAAAGAAAAAGAACGAGCCUCUGCAAGCCGCCGCAACUACGCAAAACUCUAAAGACCAGAGGAAACAGUCGGAAGAGGUUGAAGUCAUCGAAGUGAUGCAGAAAUCGCUGUCGGAUAACGUUGCACAAGAAGCUGUCCUGAAAAAUGAAGGUGUGAUCAAUCAAGCUGAGCAAAAUCAUCUGCCAAGCCAAAAGAAUCCUGAUAAAACUCCUGCUGAUCACAGCAUUGCUCCGAACGUGCCAUCGUCGGAAGUCGAAGCUCCAGCGGCUGUACAUCAUCCGCAAUACCAGUCGGUGCACACACCGAUCCAACCGCAUGCACCACUCGGAAUAUCGGUUUCAAAUCACAACUCGCAGCAGUUCCAUCAACAACUUCAGCAGCCGCAAGUUGUGCAACCGUCGCCACGUGCUGCUGCUCCUCCUGGAGCACAGCCGAUCGCUGGGCAGCCUGUCUCUGUUGUGCAACAGCCACGUCCCGACAAUCCGUCCUUCGCGCCAAACACGGCACAGGAAGCAGCAUACUUGGCCAUACAGAAAGAGUUCAAUGAAAUUCUCAACAGGCUUUUUCGUGAUGAAGCCUACCGAAAUGAUUUCACGUCCGAAGGCCCGGAACUCAUGGGACGACUUCAGACACACCUCUUCCUUUCCGCGGAAGGGAAAGUCACGCCGUCAUCAAGUGAAUUUCUACAGUUGCAUAGUGAUUUACAAAAACUGCAACAAAAACUGUGGGCACGCGAAGCCGCACGGGUCAAGAAAGGUGAAGAAGAGAGACGGGAACGGGAGAAGCAGGAGCAGAGAAGAAUCGAAGAAGAACGUCUGGCUGCGGAACGGAAAAAGACCGAAGAAGCACGUCUUGGUGCGGAACGGAGACAAGCCGAAGAAGCCCGACGACGGGAAGAAAAUCUCCGUCGGCAGAGACUUCAAGAAGAGGAGAAUAGAAGAAUUCAGUUUCAAAACGUGAGCGAUUGCAUUGCUACAGCAUGAAUAAGUAUGGUUUAAUUUCAGAUGGCUAUUAUGGGAUUGCUGCCUCCGGAAGCCAGAGCAUAUUUCAACCGUCUCGGCAUUGAUCUUUCGAGAGGUCAAGACGCGGUUAGUUUCUAUAAAAAUUAUUCUACCUUUGUAUAAGACACGUCAAUUCUCAACCACACUCUAGUAGAUGACAGGCAUUUGAUCCAUGAAUGAAUGGCUGCACAGACGCGUUUCCCUCCUGUCGGUUAAAUCGAUGAAUGUGCUCUCUAUUGCUUGAGAAACAAAGUAGUGCGAAAAUUAAUGGUUCAGUGUGUGUGUGUGUGUGUGUGUGUGUGCGUCGCUCCCGGGAGCCCGUGCCCUCACAAACACAUUCCUUCGCUCUCUUCCGCCCCUCCGCGGGUCGCUUUCACGUUGUCGUCUUCGAGGUUGCAACGUUUUCCCCGAGGAGCAACAGCACACACAUACAUACACACGCGAGCGCCAGCUCUUUCGCAUGUUGCAUUUUGCUAGUCGCGGCGCUGCUGCGAAAGAGGGCACACAAACAAGUUGAGGAAAUUGAGUAGGGGGAGCAUGAGCGAGACACGAUGAUAAUGCUCUCUCCUGCUCCCUCUCCGUGUGCAUCAUCGUGAUUAAAACUGAACCAAAUGUCGGGAAGGACCGGAAUUGAAACAAGAAAACACAUUUUCAGACACAGGUCAAUGGACAAUACCAAUCCGCUUCUGGAACCCCUAACGUGUUGGCGGCACCAGUCCCCGUCAGAGCGAACGCUGGUGGUCCGAUCGAAGUGCAGCAGUGGUUUUACCGGGUGCGUUUUCUUUUUUACUGUUUUCUCCGUUUGUUUGCGUUACCUUUUCGCGGCGCGGCGAACUCCGGCACGAGAACGGAGUUCGGUGCCAUGAACUGGUGUAAUCUGGGUAAAUAUUGACGACGGACUUGCGCGGGGCGCGAGAGACGCAAAAACGAACGUCCUAUAGCUGUAGUGGUUUGGUUUGAUCCUCUCUUUUAUUCGACCCUCUAGUGCGGAAUUGAAUGGACUUGCGAAUGUAUCGUGUGGCGCCAUGAAUAAUGAAACUAACAAUGUUGGCAUCGUGCCAACGACGCCCUUCCCUUACGCACACGCACUUCCCAUUAUCGUCGUCAUCUGGGAGAGAGAAGGACGAAAGGGAAAUGUGGUCGAAAGGGCAAUGGGAAAUGGGAAUGGGUUCGGCCGACCAAAACGACGGACUGGCACAAUGCCAAAGUGGUUCCCGGGUACGGUGUAGCAGAGGGACACUGCCUAAGAUUGCAUUUCCGUUAUUCAUCGACAAGGUUGCGUACUUUCUCAGACACGCGUUUCCCUUCUUAACUUUCAAGGUUGAAAAUAUUUCCGCAUGUUCUUCUGUUUGUGUUGAAUACGUCGCGCUUCCUCUUCGCUUUCCCCAAUCGCAAAAGACCAUACUAGAUGAUUUGAGCGCUGGCGACGUGUUUCCCCCUAGUACGAACCCUAGUGCCAUUUUGUUGUUUGUUUACGCCGAAGGACCGCCGCCCCGGCAGAGGCGGCGAAUGCUGUUCUUCGACGUCGUCCGAGUCUGCAGGGUGCCAGGGAGGUGGCUGGCGCGAGAUGGCGAGCAAUAGCAGAGAGGCGGGAGAGUGGCCUGGACGCGGCCGCACCGUGUCAAUCUGUGCCUGGUGCCGCCAUUCCUUCGCUUCUCUUCCUCGGCGCGGCGACGCGAACGGGCAGAGAAAGUGGAGGCGACGGGGGAAAGACGAGCUGGAGACGAGAGACACGAGAGAACGUUGUUCGCAACAUCUCGCUGUGUGCUGUGUACUUGGAGGCGCCUCGGGCGCGCGCCCGCUUGCGCUGCCGUCUGCGUCUAUCCCAGUUGUUGAUGCGGCGACGAUGUUCGAGGCUUCGCGGCGGAGAUGCACUAUAAGUUGUGCCUGCGGCCUCCAUGCGUGGCGCUGUUGUUUUGGAGCGCGGCGCACGCUCAUUCGCUCAGUCGGUCGCGCGCGCCCGCGCUCACUCCUAGGAAGGUCCCGCCCACUUUUCGGUGUUAUGUUGUCGCGCGCUCUCUGUCGCCAACCACUGUCAAUUGUCGUUCUCUCGCCACUCGCUACUCGGGCGCAGCGGCCAGCCAGUAGAAGCAGAAGCACCCGUCCCGCCCGCUCCGGCAGCUAGCAUAUACAUUUUUGGUCGGAGUGUUCCACUACGGCAACAAGUUCUGCCCCCACUGGCAUACGGACUGCACGACGAUGAUCUGAUUUGAUUCGCCGGCUUCAGUAUCUCCCACUACCUCAUCCAGACCUACCUCAUCACUCGCCAUAAUAUCUCACUAUUAUUUUACCUCAACCUAUUCCUGAGCUCUACCUCAUAAUCUAAUUAUUAUUCUUUAUUAUUUCUACAAGGAAGUCGGCCAGAACCUACUCGUGUUGCCAAAUCGUCCUUUGCUGAUAACAGAAGUACACGCCGCUCUUAUCUGUCACUUCGAAUCGUCUGGUAUCUUCAUCAGGCGCGAGAUUCUCGCUCAAUCGACAGCCUGAACACACGUCUCGUCUCUUCCAACCUCUACAUAUUUUUUGCGACCAUUUGAUUGACGAGUGCACUUUGACUGCACUUUCAACGUCCCACGCUCCACUCUCUCUCUCCCCUCCCGUCUCUUUCGUUUUGUUGUUGAUUUUGCCCGUUGUCGGUUUGCGAAAUAGCACAUCGGUUGGCAGAGAGAUAGAGAGACCUCGGGAGGACGAAGCGGCCCGCCUGUCUUCUUCUUCUUCUUCUUCUUCGUGUCGUCCUACAUCACUGCUGCUAUUCAAUCGCUCCAUCAGUCGUACAUAUAGACUUGUAUGAUGAGUGCCGAAGAACCAUCAGCUGCGAUUGCGGCAGCUCCGAUUACGGCUCUACCUCCGGUUUCCUCCGCUCCUGACCUCACAGCCAUGAUCCAGCAGCUCACUGCUAUGCAUGCUGCUCAAGCAGCUCGGCAGCAGGCUCCCUCGAUUCCUGUUACGACAUCGACAUCAAACCCGCUUGCCAACCUUGAAGCCCUACUCAACACGGCAUCACUGGCAAAUUUCGCCGCUUCUGGAGCGCUCAACCCACUGUCGAUGCUUGCCCUCACUUCCUCUCUGAACCAAUCAAGUCCCGUUUAUCAAGGCAUUGCUAGAGUUCUGCUCACAAUGAACAUGGGACAGAUGCUAGCCACUCAUCAAACAUCUGAACUUCUUGCAACUAUGAACCAGCAAGAAGCAUUGAUGACUCUUCUCGCGGCACGGAACGCAAUGCCUUUCCAACUGCCCGGUCCGCAACAGCAACAGCAGCAAACGGCUCAACAGCAAGGCGGUUUCGCUGUUCCCCAAUCGGUUCCGCAUAUGUCUCUGAAGCGGAGCAGCAAGGAUCAGAUUGCCGUAGGCGUGGCGGACAGGAAGAAAUCGUGUCCACCGCUGGCGAUGGUCAGUGGGGAACAUCAAGGACAGCAACAAGCGCAGCAGGUUGUGGCGCCUCCUCCAGUUGCACCACGAUCUCCUUCUCCUCCGUUGAAAUCAAUGUUCGCGAACCUGCCACCCAAGGUGAAAGAGGAAAACGAGAAGUUUCGCGUGGAAAUCCUUCGACGGCUAGAUAUCAUUCUUCUUGAAGAACUAGGAGCUGAAGACGAGGAAGACGAGAAGAAAAUUGACAUGAAGCAGGUUCCAACUUCUGACGAAGAUGAUACCGACGAAGCCAAGACCGAAUCGAUGGGUGCGGCGGGCAGUGCCUUUCGUCGGAUACUGUCGCGCAGCUCUACAAUGGGCAACAACUCGGGCUCUCCCUCUGCUUCUGGUACCACAACGCCGUCGACGAGCUCGCUCUCCAGCGGACCAGAUUCACCGCCGCUGGAGGGGGAUCCUCUGAGCGCCGAAUUUUUGGAAAUGCUAACAAACGUCGCUAUCAAACACAAGGAAGUGUCGAAAUCAGAAGCACUUUCGCUGAACACUGUUGACGAAGCGGCGUUCUUGCAGGUUGGUUUUUGGUCUCCUUUGUCGGUCAGUCAGGUGUCUUUCAAACGGAGAGAGACCAGUGCGGGGAUGAAGAUAACUUUGCACUUUCACUUGCGCAAAUUGUUUACACUUUCUUUUGCUUGUUGCAUUCCGCCGCGAAUGGCAUUGACGGGGCAGAUUUCUUUCGUUUCCUUUGGGAGUGUCUCUGUUCUUUCUGUCCUUCUUCUCUUCUCUCUUUUUCUCCAACACGACCGGGUAUGUGUAAUGCCCGUCCAUCCGGGAAUGAUGUAAAAGUGCGAGGGGGUCGUGACGGAAAGAAGGGAUCUUUGCUGUAAAGCGACCGAAGGAGCAUUUGGGAAAAGAGAAGAGGGAAGUCGUAUAGAAGCGGAGAGCUUGUUUUUGAACUCAGUUCCUCGUUUCCUCCUCCACAUUCGUCGUCGUCUUCGAACAACGACGAUGACGACGAUGAUGAUGAAGGGGAAAAACAAGAAGUGAGUCAGCACGGAACGGGCGCGCAGGCCGGCUCCUCGAGCAAAAAAAACAGCCCUCUGGUUCUCGGAAUGUUCCUAGUUUGCCUGGUCUCUCGCAGAUUCUCAUUAGCACAUAUAUAUAGCAGAUAGAUAUAUCGAACACAAUAUUGUGUAUACGUGGUUACGCGUUUGUUUUCGUACGUCUCCUGUCCGCUCGGAAAGCUCGAAUGCGCAAAAGAAAAACAUUUUUGAAGAAAUGUGAGGGGAAACAUCAGUUCAUGGCACCAAACUGCCUAUUAAAAUAAGACAUAAUUCUGCAUGAGCAGAAGGUUGGCAAAAGUUAAUCAUGAAUUUUCAGCAUUUCCCUAUAAUUUGGAAUGGUCGAUUGGCUCUCAAAUCUUCGGAGACUUCCAUUAAUCUGCAUCUCAUCAACGGAUCCGAGGCAUUCCUGUACGAUGUCCUCGGCGCUCGAACUACCGAUGAUCCGCAGAAUCGACGCGAGUUUGUGCGCAUCACUCAGCGUCUCCGUUUGGACAACGGACAAGUCGAACGUGAGUUUUAAUCAACCGUGUUUGGCGCUGAAAAACAGGACAUCAUGGGUAGCAGCCGCCGCAGUCAGCACCGCCGCCGCCGCUGGAAUGUACUUUGCAUGUUGUUUUGGCAGUAUCUCUCCCUACUGUCUCAAUUUUUAGUUGUUUUUGCAAACAAACGUCCCAGUGCCGAGCGGUGAUCGACUGAAAGACGAGGAGUGCACGGGGACUUCCUUUGGUGGGAACGAAUGAAAAUAGAGAAAAUUAUAAUGACGGGAGAUUUUUGUGCUUAAAAUUGCAUUCUCUCAUUAGAAUGGCUUUGCAAUUUGGAAAAGAACGAUGCAAAUUAACUAUUUUCUAUUUUGAUCUGAAUACAAUCGCAACAUUUUGUUGAUCGCAGUUCUCUUGAGAUGCAUUCCAUCACUGUUGCGAUCGCAUUUCCGAAAGAGCGAAAUUGUUCGUCGGUCGGUUUCGUUCUCCGAAAACGAAGCACGGGUUUCGAUAGAAUCGAGGAAGGGGCCGUCGUGCACUUUUUGUUUUGACGGGAGACCCAUUCGUUCGGCCGACUUCCGCCUUCUCUCUUCUUUUUUCCGCCCGCCUCUCCUCUGACUCAUGUUUUUCGAAAAUAAUCCCGCUCUUUUUUGCUGCUACUGCAUUCUACCGACACGCGCAGUCAUUCACGCAUACAUAGAGAGGGAAAGAACAAUGAAAAACAAGACAAUGAAUUUCAGACAUCCAUCGGAUCUUGACCAAUCCCGACUAUGCCUGCUGCAUCGGUCUCGCCUCGGCCACUGACCUCGCCAAUCUCACCAAAAACGAGACGGCUCUUAAAUCGUCGUUCAUUGACUACCUGAGCAAGAAGCAGAUUGCUGGAAUUUCAUGUUUCGAAGAUGAAACGGUAUAGUUCGAUCCGACAUUUCUGAUGUUCAAUUCAAUAUUUCAGUCGCUGAAAAGUGCUCGAGUUCAUGUCUUCGCUCCCGGAGAGCUCGUCAGUCGUUAUCUGGCCGAGCUGGCACCCAGCAUGUACAUGUAUCUUUCCAGAAGCAACGUGAGUCCGAAAGUCAGUCUUUAUUCUCACUCAUCUCAUUUUUUAGGUUCGCUUUCUGUUCAUCGUUUUCACCAACGACAAAACGGAGCCAAACAUGUCCAUGCCGCCAACUUCCACCGAACCUCCGAUCCCAGUUCCAGAGAUAAAAUCCUAG